AUGGCUGCCACUCAGGAUGUCAAGGGGAAAGGAGAAGGGGGAGACCAGAAUUUUGACUACAUGUUCAAGCUGCUGAUCAUUGGCAACAGCAGCGUGGGUAAAACGUCCUUCCUGUUCCGCUACGCCGACGAUGCCUUCACUUCAGCCUUUGUCAGCACAGUGGGCAUCGACUUCAAAGUGAAGACGGUGUACAAAAACGACAAGAGGAUCAAACUGCAGAUCUGGGACACUGCAGGCCAGGAGCGCUACAGAACCAUCACCACAGCUUACUACCGUGGAGCCAUGGGCUUCAUCCUCAUGUACGACAUCACCAACGAGGAGUCCUUCGGUGCUGUGCAGGACUGGUCGACCCAGAUAAAAACCUACUCGUGGGAUAAUGCACAGGUGGUGCUAGCUGGGAAUAAGUGUGAUAUGGAGGAAGAGAGGGUGGUCUCAGUGGACAGUGGUCGGCUGCUGGCAGAACAGUUGGGUUUUGAGUUCUUCGAAACAAGCGCCAAGGACAACAUCAAUGUCAAGCAGACCUUUGAACGACUCGUCGACCUAAUCUGCGACAAGAUGUCCGAGAGCUUAGACACCGAUCCGGCUGUCACCACUGGAGCCCCCACCGCCAAACUGACAGACAGCGCCCCGCCCCUCCAACCAUCUGGAUGCAACUGUUAG